CCAAAACGAAGAACCCGACGAAAACAUUCAAAACCAGCGAUUACGUGCGAUAAACAGCUUCAAUUUUGGAUUGCGAAACAUUGUUUAUGACUUUUGUGAACAAUCAUUGCUUUUUUCUCAUUGUAAAACAGAUUCCCUGGAGAUUUUAUAGUAAAAAUAUAAAUGAUGCAGUUCAAAUCUAUAAUUAAAAGUGUCAUGAACGUGAGGACCCUCCAUACUUCCGGCAAACGAUUACUAAACUUGGUUCCAAUCGUGGUGGAGCAGACCGGUCGAGGGGAGCGUGCCUAUGAUAUUUUUUCCCGUUUGCUCAAAGAACGAAUCAUUUGCCUGAUGGGACCGAUCCACGACGACCUCAGCUCUUUGAUUGUAGCGCAACUACUGUUCCUGCAGUCGGAAAACGGGACCAAGCCCAUCCACAUGUAUAUCAACUCCCCCGGAGGCUCCGUCACUGCCGGAUUGGCCAUCUAUGACACAAUGCAGUACGUGAAACCCCCGGUGGCCACGUGGUGUGUUGGUCAAGCCUGCUCAAUGGGAUCCCUACUGCUGGCUGCCGGUGCUCCCGGAAUGCGUCACUCGUUACCGAACGCACGUAUCAUGAUCCACCAACCAUCCGGCGGGGCCCAAGGUCAAGCAACUGACAUACAAAUUCAAGCAGAGGAGAUUCUAAAGCUCAAAAAGCAGCUUACCGAGAUUUAUGGCAAGCACACCAAAACUUCGCUAGAUGUGCUGUAUGCGAAAAUGGAGCGCGAUACGUUCCUCAGCCCGGAUGAGGCACAAGCAAUAGGCAUUAUCGACACGGUGCUGGAGCAUCCGCCUUCUUCCACCGAGGGAUCAUCGUGAGACGAGCGUGUGACAUGUGACAGUUUAUGUUGACUUUGUUAGGCUUUUAUCAAUUGUGAUCGAUUCCAUAAUAAAAAAAAAUGAUAGAUCAAAAUAAUACCUAAUUAAGGUAUGAACAUUAAAUAUUCCUUGAUUUGAAAAAUAAAAAUUGAUGUUGGUACC